GUGGCUGAUGUUGGCGGCUGGCUGGUGAAAUAUGGCUCGGCGGGUGCGAUCGACGCAGCUUUGGACGCAGACCCAUGUUUGUGCCACAAGUACAUAGAGCAGGGGGAGAACUUGAUACAACACAAAAAAAACAACCCGACGAUGCGGCUGGGCAAGCACAGUGACAUACUACAGCAGGAGUCGGUGUCGGUCCAGGAGGAAAAAAAGCAAGGACUCCGUAAACCCAAACGUAAAUUCAUGGCCAUUGAAGCUUACGAGAAAAAAUUCGGCGCGGCCGAUCCCAGCAAGAUCAAGAUGCAAAAGAUCGACGGGGAGUCGGUCCGAGGCGUAGAUGUCAUUGCAGAAGAGGACAUCGGAGUGUACGAAUACAUUGAUGAGACUGUGAACACUGUUCAGCGCACCACCAGGCUUUCCGACCCAGAUGUGGUAUUAUCAACUGAACAGAACGACAUUAUCUUCAAUGCAACAGCAAAACAUUUGUCAGUUGCUCCGAAAGACAAUGCAUCGUGCAUUCUGCUCAGCGGCGGCACAUCAUCUUCGGCUUCGGCUUCGACAUCAGCAACACCCAGCGCCGCGAAGGACACAGAUGGGGGCGCUCCAUCCCUGGAUCAUGAGGACGGUGGCUCCGAUGAUGAUGCCUUCCAGCCCUUUGCUGCUUUGUUUGGCCGCUUGAAACCUAUAGCUUCACAGGCAGCCAAGAAGGUCGCUCCUGCAGCGAAGGCCACACAAAAGGCCAUAUCAAACCCAAGCUGCAAGGCUGCUGCUAAAGCAGGAAAGAAGCGUGCUGUGCACACAGAUGCUUCCGAGAGCGGUCGAACUCAGCCCCGAAGGCCUUGUGGUGAGGUUCAUGAUGUAGGUGUAGGUGCUGGUGCUGGUGCAAGCAUGCCAUCAGACGAUCAAGAAGUGAUUGACAAGUAUCAGCUGCGAUUGGAUGAGCUCAAGGUUCUGGAUGCGGCAUCACAUGAUGAGGCCGCGUUCGCUAAGUGGACGAAGGAAAAGCUUGCAUCGUUGCAGGAGCUGAAGCAGCAGAUCUAUGUGAAGAAGAAGUCUUUGAAAAGGCGCAAGGACGAUUCCCAGCAGCUCAGUUCAGCUCUGGACGGCUUGAUGACCGAUCUCACGAAUGUGUGUGAUCUUCUGAAGAAGCUGUCGGCUGGAACAACGGAGGGCCGGCAGCUGGUGGAGAUGCUCGAGGGCAUGCCAGAUGCGCUGGCCGGACCUGCAAUAUGGAUGCGUGCAAUCAGAGCUUUGGCAUUCGCGAACCUGAAGGUUAUGGAGUGGCAGAGUUUCUUCUCAGACACCUACAUGUUGUGUCACAAACAUGCCUCUGUCGAUCCGGGUUUCUUUUCGCUCUUGACUUCUCAGCUUCUGCAGAGGUUGAUCAAGGCUAUCCCUUGCGGCAAAGCAGUGACAGCUGACUCUAUUGCAACGGUGAAGGCUUUCAUGGAUGAGCUCUCGGCCCCCAACAAUAUGAUCAAAACCAUCUCGUCCGGGAUGGACCUGGAUGAGCAUAUGGGGCUGAUCAGUGACCUGAGGACUAUCCUGGAUUUCAGCGCAUCACCGUCCUCUGUUGAGGCCGCGAUUGCACGCGCCAAGGCGCAUGACAGCCAUUGGGCAGCGGUGGCUUUUGCACUGCCGCAAGGCAAAAAAGUGAUGGACGCUGCAGCGGUGAAUGCCAAGAACAAGGGUGCCGCUGCGGGGGUUUUGGAGAAAAUGGAGCGUGCGGAGAACUACUUGGACAAGUCUGGUUUGUGCACUGUCGAGGCGGUGUUUAUGGUCGGCAUGAAGGAUGCGUUCAAUGCCGAACAUGCCAAAGCCCUCUCCGAUGCACUGAUCGAGCUAGGCCCGCUUAAGCACCAGAAGGUCCUUAAAGGUGCUGAUCGGGAGAAGUGGUGCCGCAUCCUCGAGAAAGCCAGGGGCGGGGUGGGCAUGGUCAUUUUCGCGUGCGUGGCUAACGAGAUCCUGCCCUAUCUUGAGCGUCUUCGCUCCAGUAUCCAAACAACAGAAAUGCUGAGUGAGCCCAUGCUGGAAGCAUCUUGUGCUCUGUGCCACCUGGCUGACAGUUGUCAUGGCGAGGAUGUUCUUGUGGGGAAGUUGAAGGACCUGAAUGAGUUCUUGAAGGAACUGAAUCGCCGGCUAUGUGACGAACAGCCCUUGGUGGAAAAGGAUGCAAAAACAUUGACGACUGCCUGGGCAUCCAAGUCGGCAUCUACUUUUGCAUGUUUGACAGAAUGUGCAAAUAAACUUCACACACAAGGCCUGGACCCGGAGUGUAAGCUGAAGGAGUGCGCAAACACGUUGGCGGCUGAGAAGGACAAGGUGAGCCGUGUGCUAGAAGAUUCCCUGAAGGGCCACUUGCGCGACAGGUCAUUGACAAACGUUCAGGAAUGCAUGCUGAUUCUGAGGAAUGCUGUGCUUUCAGCAGGAGAGGUUCGAGCUGAAUCCAAGGAAAACUUCGACAAAAAAAAGGAGGCUGUACUCUUGGUCUCAACGGUGCUCGGGGACGAAGGCAACGCCAUUCGUCAGGGUAUGGAUAUGUCAUGCAUGCUGCUCGGUUGCAUGAUGUCGUAUGAUGCGGUCACGCACGAGUCGGAUUCAGCCGAUCAGCGGAUGACAACCGUUAUGGAAUUCCUCAAGAAUUGCAAGGAGUUGUCCACGGUCAACUACGUCAGCGAUUUGAAGGAGAUGAACAAGUCUUUCCCUGUCAGUCCCCUAUCGGACACCGACUACGAGGCUAUGAACGACAUCGUGAAAUCAAUGCUUGCCAGGAAAGACACUGAGUUUGAAGCCAUCGUCGCCUAUCACAAAGAGAAGCUUGAUGCAGCCUACAUCACCGACGCCGACACUGAGAUACCGGAUCUCUUCAUGAGUGUUGAGUGCUACUCAGAUAUCAAGGCGGAGGCGGUGACCAGUGGCUUCGGUAUGGACAAGACCAAAGAAUUGUCAGCAAAGGCUGCGGAGUUAGAGCAAGCUAUUUCGGCUGUUGAGAAGGCAGCGACCGACAUGGGAAUGGGCGUGGUCGAGUUGAUUGACCUUAGCAGAUACAAGUGCUCCUACCGCAGCGCAAUUCGGUGGCUUCUGACCGGCAAUGUCUUGUACAUUCUGAUGAGCAAGGUAGUCUCCCGAGCGAUGAAAGCGGGGUCAGGUGCCGGCCCCAAAGCAAUAACACAGAUGAAGGACUGCCUCAAGACUGCAGCCGAUCACGAUGUUGAGUUACCGCAGGGCAUUCAUGCAUGUGUGACUGUGAUCUGUGGAGACAGCUCUGCAGCAACACAAGCGCAGCCCUCCCAUGCCGUACCAUGA